ACAUGAUAUGUACGCUGCGUGAUCUUAACGCUUCUGCCUGAGGGGCUGUGAAAUGUAGCUGUAUCCCUGUGCACCUAUAAGGAAACACCAAUUCAAUACCAUCAAGUAAAGCUCAAUGCAUAGCAGGAAGCGAGAACAAUAUGGGCAGUAUGCUGUGCCGCUUCUUGCGCCUUUGCAAAAUGGCCGGCAGCAAAGCGCACCUCCUCCACAGUACACUGGGCAAAGCCUAGUCCGCCGACUUGGACCAACGUCCCCGAUCAGGGAGCGGCGUUUCCCUUCCGGCGCGAGACAACGUGUGUCCGGAACUGUGGCAAUUGGGCACCCCAUCGGUGCCGGCAGGCAACGCGAUAAAUUUGUUGCGCUUCCUGAGGAAGACGAUGACACGACGCUACUACCCGCUCCCCUCGAGGAGCCGGCGCUUCCUGCUCCUUCGCCCGAGGAUGCAAUGUCAUUGGCCGCUGCAUUGCCCCCACCUGGAAUUUUCGAGGAUUUACCGCGCGACGAGCUUCCCCGUCCUCUCCUGCGGGACGACAGCUGCUGGCGCGGACGCAUCACGUUCUACUGCGUGGCUGAGAGCUUCGACCGCAAGAAGCUUGAAGAGCUGCUCAAACUCACAUAUCCGCCCAACACGAUCCGCUCCUUUCCGGACGCCUUCUACGUGGAGUACAUCAAGGGCGCGGACAUGCAGCCCGGCGGCGACGUCUUCUUCUUCGAUUACGGAGUGGUGGCGUGCUGGGGUAUGACCAAGACGCAGGAGAUGACGAUCGUGCGCGGUAUCGCCACGCAGUGCACGGAGCAGCCGCUGCCGGAGCAGUGGACCGAGGUGGACGAGUUCCAGUACUGCUACAGCCAUGAGAAGCAGCAGCACGUGCAGAACGACACGGUCACCCUGCACCGGCGUUAUGCACAAGAUCACAAGAUGAAGCUGGCGAUUAGCUACGCGCUAGCGCAGUCCACCAAGCUGUCGGUGUACGAGAAGCGGGUCACCGACAUCGUGCUGGAGACGAAGAACCUGCCAGAGGCACUUGCGGAGCACGGCGAGGUGGACAUCAGCGGUCACGACAUCGCGAAGCUGAUCGGCAAGGUGUUCCUGCAGAAGAGCGCCGUCAACCUGCUGGGCAGCGUGCUGGGGACGCCGGAGUUCUUUUGGCAUGCACCGGAUAGCUUCCAGGCGCUGUACACGCGCGUCACGGAGUACCUGGAGCUGGAGAGCCGCGUGGAGCUGCUGAACAGCCGCUUUGCAGUGCUGCAGGAGAUGCUUGACAUGCUGCGGGACCACCAGAACAACUACCACAACGUACGACUGGAGUGGAUCGUGAUCUGGUUGAUCGUGGUGGAGGUGGUGGUGGGGCUGUUUGAGCUGCUGGGGCUGUUCGGGUUGGUGGGGCGGCCGGAGAAGGGGUGACGUACGGCACCCCCGGGCAUAGCAAUAGAGUUGACAGUAGAGCAGCUUGCGUAGGAAGUGGGGAAUGGGAACGCUUUACCGGUUAGUAAGUGGUUCGCGUAAAUGGGGAUUUGAGGCAGUGGGGGUUGUCAUUGUCUAUCGUCCUAGCGGGCCCUUGGGAUAUAGCGGUAGCGGGAUAUGUGGCUGUGUUUUACAUGCGUAGAGAGUAAUUACGGUAAUUAUGGCCGGGGUUAACACCUUGCAUGGGUAAUGCUAGCUGGGUAGCGCCAGGGUAGGCAGUUGGGGGACAGGGCUUCUUGGAUCUAAAUGCAUUUGCAUAGGAGGUGCAUGUUGUAGUGCUUGAAGAAGAAGAAGUCGGCGCUGGGUUUGUUGAGGUUAGGUCAUUGACACUGGCCGAUACUGAAUUUCUGGUCGCACCUCGUGCACCAAACGUAAGCAUGAAUUAUUGCACGACGAUGACCGGGAUGGUUGCGGUAGGAACACAAUGCCGUAUCUCAUGUGUACGGUAAUAGACAUGAUAAUGCAGCGUUGAGGGGACGGAAGUAAGUGUUCCAGCAUUGCGG